AUGCUCGCCAAUUCCUCCGAUGUAGGCCAAAAGGGCGGUGUUGGGCAGCAGCCCGGCCAGACCUCCCAACCGCAGAAUGGCCGCACCAGCUUCGACCGCGACGGCCUCCAGCCACCCAAUGGUGCUGCCAACGCAGCUUCGGCGCGAAAUCUCUCCACAUCCGCCAUGUCCUUUGGCCCCCGCGGGAGCAGUCUGAAUCCGGCCGCCGGCCCUGGUAGUUUCAGCUCCGAGCUUCGGAGCCAGAUCAUGUCCAGCCGCGCAGGUAGCCGGCUCGACGUCGGAUCCGUGUACACGGGCGGCGUCAUGGACAAGGUCAUGGAGGAAUCACCAGACUACGCAUCCGAGCAGCAUUUACUCCAGCUCAAAGACAAGCUCAUCCGCGAGUUGAAGAUCAAGGAGGGCAGCGAGAACAUGCUCGAGGCUCUCAAUGUCAAAAAGGCCAAGCAGACCAAGGAUCAACGCCAGCGAGUCGAGGCUGAACUGAGUGCCAGCAACCUGCGAAUUCGCGAAUUACGCAGCAAAAUAUUAGAUACACAGCAACAGCGCACGCGACCCGCCACCCCGACACGCACAUGGACCCAGGAUAGCUCAUUGUCCAACGGUGUCCGAUCGAAUCAAAGCCCUAGCAAAUCCAUUGCAGGCGAGUCCGAGGUCGACGAAGCGGCCGAGAGCCCCUCGUUUGCCCUGGCCGAACUGCUGCAAGCUCUCGAGGUUGAAGGCAUGACGCCCGAGUACUACGUCAGCCGCGCCAACCAACUUGUAGGCCUGUUCAAGAGACACCCCGCCAUCAAGUAUGACUUGGUGUGGUCCAUCUUUGGCAUGCGCAUGCAAAUGAUGCUGCUCAGUGAAAGUCGAGAAGUGGUGGCCGCUGGCUACCGAGUCACGCGAUAUGCCGUUUCCGACUUGGCUUCGCUCAGGAAGAUUCGAGACCUCAACACCGACUUCCUCGUCGUCCGUUCGCUCAAUAACUACCGCAAGGCUGAUGUGGAGCGCGAGCAAGCUCUCAAAUUUGUCAGAGCUUUUCUUGAUGUCAAAGACGGUGUCAAGGAAAUAUCGAGAGCUGUCGUCAGAACCAUCGUCGCUGUCGCUGAGCAAGGCGACGACCGACGUGCGACUAUCCCGGCACACGAUCAGAACAUUGACCGUCUGCGUCCGAUUUGUAUCGAGACCCUGGCCGAGAUUCUUGUCAGGGAUCCUCCUCUGCUGAUAGCGUCAGGCGGCCUCGGACCCUUGUCGGACGCCCUCUCUGAAGGCUCAUACAAGGCUUCCGAAAGCUUAACUGCCGUCUUCCUGUUCCUCCUCGACACGCCGCAGAAGCGCAAAUAUUUGCAGCCCAGCUACGGUCUUGAUGCCCUAUUCGCAUCAUUUACAGAUCCCCUAGGCACAAACGAAAUCAUUUUGAAGCAGAGCUGCCGCGCAAUCUCCACUGCCAUGAGGUCAUGGGCUGGUAUCAUGACUCUCAGCAUGUACGACUUCCGGCCUAUUCGGUCUCUCAUCUACAGCAUGCUUCUCCCGAACGAAUAUGUGCGAGAAACUGUACUCGAUCUCUUGUUCUCGAUGCUACGAAUCAAGCCCCCUGCUUGGGCGACGUCUUUUCUUGCUGGUCGUCGAUUGACCACGUACGGUCGCGUUGUCAACCUAAAAUCGGGCGAUGCGAAGGAAAAGCCGUCGUCAUAUAUGGAGGACGACGGGAGUGAACAGAAUUUCGUCGAUCACUAUACUGCACUCAUUUUGGCUGUACUCAUCAAAGCCGGACUAUUGCGUAGCUUGCUGCAGAUUGCGCAAACAGAAGAAGAUGCUAUGCUGAAGCGCAAAGUAUCGCUGUUACUCUCCGAGGUUCUGAAACUUGCCAGCCGGCUAUUGCCACCGUCUUGGAGCGCGGAGCUUCAACUACUGCCUGAGCUUUUCAAAGCAGCCACAGAAUUCGACAAUGACGAGCAUUUUGUCGCAUCUAGCAUUGUGUAUCAGAUCAGUAGCGUCAGCAAAACACUGUACAGAAGUGCGCCGUCGGAGACAAUGGCCGGUAUUCUUCCCUCAAGCGAUAGCAUGAUUGAUUUGGCCGCGUUGGAAGGCCAGCCUCGAGCGAAUAAUGCCCUCAUAUUCGAUGAUACCACUUUUCGUCAGUUGCUGAUUGACUCUGGCGUGCUCAACAGCUCCAACUAUGCGAAAUGGAACUGGGACAUUAUCAUGAAGAUCAUCGGUGGCCCACUACAAAAUGGCAAGCGGCUGGAAGAGGCUUUAAGGGCAUCGAAAUGGAUGAAGAGAAUCAUGAGCUUCUACCGGCCGUUCAAGUACAAGUUUUCUGAAAUAAAAAAUACGCGCAAUACACAAAAGUAUGUGCAGGCUGGCUGUGCCUUGAUGCACUCUCUAUUACAGUCCAACGAAGGCGUCAACAUUUUGGCCGACAGCAAAUUGGUCCGCCAAAUGGCAGAGUGUCUCGCGCAAUGUGACCCAACAAGCGGACUCACUGCGCAGUUUCCGCUAUUCGCCAAAGACCGCCUUACCGACACUCUUUGCAACGGGUACUUUGCCAUGCUUGGUGUCCUGACUGGCGACCCUAAAGGCUUGAUGCUUCUUGAACGAUGGAAGAUGUUCAAUAUGAUGUACCACAUUGUCGACUUGAAGCAGCGGCCUGACUUGAUCAAGCUUUUGCUGACAAACUUUGAUUAUACGCUGCAAGGGCAUCACCGCGUGUUGCUCGCCAAGGCUCUCACUGCUGGAACCAAGGAGACUCGAAUCUACGCGACCGAUGUGCUUCGCAAGUGUACGCUUCGUCGCCCAGUCGCCACGAACGCGCUGGGAGAUGUCAGUGAUUCUCGGUGGGCCAUUCAGCUACUGUCGACACAGCUAUAUGACCCUGAGAUUGAUGUGUGCGCAACUGCUGUCAAGAUUCUGGAAAAGGCGUGCAACCGAAAGACUUAUCUGGAAUACGUUGUUGAAUGCAGACCAGCUUUAGAUCAUCUCGGCGAGAUUGGCGCGCCGCUCCUUUUGCGAUUCCUUUCAACCUCGAUCGGUUAUCACUAUCUGGAUGGACUCGACUACAUUAGCAAUGAGAUGGAUGACUGGUUCCUGGGUAGAAACGACAGCUACGUCGGCGUGAUUGAGGCAUCUCUCGCCAAGUCGUUCUUGAUUGACUCGGAUGAGCAAGGACAGCAAUCCACCAUGUUUGACGAAGCCGAAUCAGGGGCAGAAUUCCACGACAGUCAUGUACCACCUCAUUUCUAUCGGGAGCUGACGAGAACAACGGAAGGCUGCAAGUUGCUGCGAGACAAGGGCCACUUUGAUGAGUUUGCGGCGACGAUUCGCGAUUAUGGAAUGCAAGCAGAGGACCCCGAACUCAUCACCAAGGUCAAGGGCUGUAUGUGGGCGGUAGGCAACGUUGGCUGCAUGGAGCUUGGAGCGCCAUUCCUGGAAGCCAGCGACGUGGUUGAGCAGAUUAUCCGCAUCGCCGAGUCUCAUCAAGUCAUGAGCCUCCGAGGGACGGCCUUUUUUGUUCUAGGGCUAAUUUCUCGAUCUACGCACGGCCUGGAGAUUCUGUCUGAACAUGGAUGGGAUGCAAACACGACGCCGAUGGGCCACUCGCUUGGGUACUGCAUCCCAACUGAUCUCACAAAGCUUUUGUCGUUGAAACCGUGGGACCAUAUCGGGGCAUCUUCCAUCACAUUACCCUUUACACAACGGACAGUUCGCGAGCCACCGCGGGCUCGUACGGCGACGCCACCGGGGGAAAACGCCGUAGCGGCCCCUCUGGUCACUGACGAAGAAGUCAACGGGCGCAUUGUGGAGCUUCUGGUAGAUCUUGGAAACACUGUCAUUUAUAAGAGGGCCGUGAUGGAACUACAAAAGCUCAAGCAGCGCAAGCCGUCGGCGUUUCGCAGCACCGAAUUUUUUAGAUACGUCAUGGGUCUGAUGGAAUGGAACCACUACCGCCUGGGCGUGCGCAGAAUGGUGAUUGAUUUGUUCGACAAGAAUGUCAUGCGCCAGAUUGUGUUUGAGGAAUCGGACAAUGAGGACGAGGAGGGCAGCAGCGAGGAGGAAUCGGACGAGGACGAGGCCAUUUCGAAACGGGCGCAGAAACAGGAGCAGCAGCGCCAAAAGCUCCAGCAGGCAAAGAAGAAUGAAAAGGACGGGGAGGAGGACGGAGACGGAGACGGAGACGGAGAAGGCCAUUCCAGCGGCAAUAGUCUGAAUAGCGAUGAUAAUCGCACCGAGAGGCAGCGCAGCGUGAGCGAACCGACCGAGUAUCUCCGGAACAGCAUGCUACCGCCGCCUCUUAACUUGAGGCGCUAG